CAAACAGGAAAAGCACCUUUCAACUCUAAUAAUUUGCCAUUUGACAGGAUAUUCCUUGUCCCAUUCAUAUAAAAAUAUGAAAUUGACAUCCCAACUUACUUGUGUAUAAAAACUACUAACUACACACACGAUGCCUAAUAUCUAAUCUCAUUUGCUGAGAGCGCAAUUAUAACAAAUUAAGCUCAUGGCUAGGAAGAGAAAAGCUGAAGGACUCAUGAAGAAAUUUGUUGGAGUUAGACAGAGGCCAUCAGGCAGAUGGGUUGCUGAAAUAAAAGACACCAUACAGAAAAUAAGAGUAUGGCUUGGGACUUUUGACACUGCUGAAGAAGCAGCAAGGGCUUAUGAUCAAGCGGCUUGUUUGCUUCGUGGACCAAAUACUCGCACGAAUUUCUGGACUUCUUCUUCUCCAUUUUCCAAUUCAGCUCUGCCUCCGAAAAUCAUUGAACUUCUUCUCAGCAGAAUCAGAGAACGAAACAAUUCCGUAGCUGCUGCUGCUGCUGAUGAUGAUUCAUCCAGUUCUACUACCUCUCUGGCUGAAAUUGAUUAUCAUCAGCAGAAGCAACAAGAAAAAAUCGGAAACAGAGUAGAUGAUUUUUCAGAUUUGUUGUAUACUGAUUAUCUCUAUUACCCUGAGGAUAAUGUAACUGAAAACAACGUGAUUGCUAAUGUGAGUGCAAUUACAAGAGAAUUAACAAGCAUAGUUCAAAAUCAGGAAUUUAAUUUUCAGCCUGUGAAUAACUAUGAGAUUAUAGAGAUAGGAGAGGCAAUUAAUACUGAUGUUGAAGAUAUAGAGUCAGAUAUUGACUUCCAAUUUUUUUUUUCGCCAUUUGAUUUAGCUGAAGAGCUAUCAAUGGAUUUUGGGGAAGAAACAUCAAUUGUAAGUGAGGCAAUGAGGAGGAUGAAUUACGAGAGGAAGUUUUCAGCUUCUCUCUAUGCUUUCAAUGGGAUCACAGAAUGUUUAAAGUUGAAGAUGAAAUCUGGAGGCAUAACGCGAUCUGAUCAAUUAUCCAGGCUUCAAAAUGCAUGCAAAAGGAACCUAGACAAGGAGAGGGAAAACGAAGAACGCAACUCUGGCAAUGACUGAGAAGAAGGAUGAAGAAAAUUUGUCGACAGUGAAUUCUGCUCUAUUGAUCUCCCAGCAAUAUGCUUCGUUAGUUGAAAUUGUUGACAGAAUCAUUUGUACAAGUUAAAAUUUGUGUCAAUUUGUAUGGAAAAAAGGAAAUGCUGGGACUUGUUUUUAUUCAGACAAACAUUUCAAAUUUGACACAAGAAAAUCUUCGUUGGACUCCAAAUGAUCGUCGAUAGGGGAGAAGAGGGAAUGGGUCACAGACAGACAUCGCGAUCAUCUUGCAGUUCAAUCUGUAAGUAGAUACUGUAGGUAACUGAAAUUCCAUAAAGGUUAAAAAAGAGAGUGAGCUAGAUCUCCUAGCGAAUCAAAAAAAAAAAAAAGUUGCUA